AUGGAUAUAGAUAGUUAUGUUAAUCUUCUCAUCUUAAAUGUUUUUAACAAGUUAGACUUGGAUAAAUGUAGUCUUAUCAAAGUUUCCUAUCCAUUAGUAGGAUUAAGAGAUAAGAUCAUAGUAGUACUGUGCACCAUCAACCUUCCCCUAGUACUGGGUGACGAGAAGUAUAAGCGGAAGCUGUAUGCAGAAUUUAUCGUAGUAGAUAUCCCAUUCGUGUACAAUUUGAUACUCGACCGCCUAGUUCUAAACUGCUAUGGUAUAGUUAUUAACAUGAGUGCUAUAUGUCUUAAGUUACCAGCUCUAAGAGGGAUAGCCGUGGUUCGAGGCAACCCGAGGUUAGCCAAAGAAGAUGUAACAAGGGUGGAUCCAGCCCUCAUCACUCAUAAGAUGUUUAUUGACAAAGCAAUCUAUCCAGUCCAGCAGAAGAAAAGAAGGUUUGCACCAGAGAGGCAGCAGGUGAUCAAAGAAGAGGCUAACAAGUUGUUAAAUGCAGGAUUCAUAAAGGAGGUCCAGUAUCCCACAUGGCUUGCCAAUGUGGUCUUGGUGAAGAAGGCCAACAGAAAAUAG